AGUUUUCUUGCCCAAACCCCUCCCGGAGUCGCAGCACUACAGACCCCCUCCCUCUCCUCCUUCCCGCUGUGACACCAGCUAUCGGACAGACUAGACGGCGUGUUUGAGUCGACCUAAAAACGGGAUGCAAAUAUUUGCUGUAGAUAGGAGGGACAUAAUCCGUAUGCGAAUAGAAAAUGUAUAUUGGUAAUUCCGGUUCCCCUAACAUUCUAAUGCAAGAAAAGGUUAAACGAAUUGCGCCGUAAUAACUAGGCUGCUCUUAUCGGAUUAAUAUUGUUGUUAGCUUGAAUAGCUAGCUAGAGCAACGCCGUGAAUAAAUUUAAUAGCGCAUACAUUUAGUAUGCGAUAUUUAAACACCAGAUGUUAAGUGGACAUUACAUUGAUGUUGGAGCGUCUAAAUGAAUGUCGCUUUGCCAGCUGCUGAAUUCAAUAUUGAAAAGAGAGAAAAUGUAUUCCGAGACAACCAUACCGGCAGAGUAAUCUGAAUCAACAUAAUCUGCUGGCCGCAAAGGGACAUAUGAUGAUGGCUUCGUGGCGAAGGACAACUCUACACUGUUUACUAUGGGUGGUCCGGUACGUCAUGUGUCGCGAGGUAAUGGUUCCACCUGGCCCGUUGUACCGUGUGGCAGGGUUCUCCAUGUCCAUUCCCUGUGCUGUAACGGGCUACGAGGGGUCCAGGACUCAGGACUUUGAAUGGUACCUCUACAGGGAUGACUCUCAGGGAAGACAGAUGGGAGUGAUCUCCACCCGGGACUCAGGGUUUGCCUAUGCCCCUUUCCAGCCGCGAGUGAGGUCCGAAGAGGUGAGGGUGGAGAGGGAUUCGGGGGACAGUGUUCGUCUGGUGUUCCAGAGGCUGCGCGCAGAUGACCAGGGUCGGUACGAGUGUUACACCCCCAGCACUGACUCCAAAUACCAGGGGAACUACAGCGCCUCUGUGGCAGUCAAAGUGAUCCCUGACACUCUCCUGAUCAGCUACACCCGCUCUCUGAUUGGGCAGCUGUUUCUGGAGGGGGCGGAGCUAACUCUCACCUGUUCUGCUGCUGUCAAGUCAAAAGAGCACACUCACCUGUCCAUCACGUUCGGUGUUCGGGCUGCCAUGACCGGAUCAGGGUCAUCGACAGGGACAGAGAGAGACAUCAUAGCUAUAGAUAAAGAACUGGGUUUGAGGCCCGGCCGGGGGGACUCCUACCAGAAGAGGUAUGACGAUGGAGAACUGACACUGAUGAAAAAGAGCGGCGUUGGAGGGAUGGAUGUGUAUGUGAUGAGGAUGAGUGCAGUGGCCCCGGAGGACUCAGGGGCGUACUUCUGCGAGGCAUCACAGUGGAUCCUGGAUCCUAACGGAACGUGGCAAAAAAUUGCUCAGAGGAGCCUGGAGAUUGGGAACCUCACCGUGCAGCCACUAGCUGACUCCCUGAGGGUGACAUCCACACCACGUGGUGAGGUGACUGUCCAGUUAGGCUCUCCUCUCACACUGACCUGUGAGGUGUCUGGUUUGGCCUCUGGGGGCCGGUCAGGCCUGCUGGUCAAGUGGAUACGGACAAGGGCAGUGAGCAGCGAGGACCGGGUUGUUACUGGGGAAGUGGGUGAGGAGGAAGUUGCCCGUUACAGCCCAAAUGGUGUAGUGACCUGGAGGGAUGACUCCAGCCGUGGUGGAGGGGGUUCCAUGGAGAAAGAGACAGAGGGGAGGUACACUCUCAGGCUGUUCUCAGCCCACCCGGCAGACUCCGGGGUCUACCGCUGCGCUGUGAGUGUCUUUGCUGGGAAACGUAUCCCAGGACCCUCUGAGACAGCCACUGUUACUCAGAGAUCUGAGGGUGUCACUGUUAACCUCAAGACCAAAGAGGUCAAGGUGUCUGCUCUUGCCCAACUUCCCCGUGGGCCUCUUCUCAAAAGAGGGGACACCGUCACUCUUCUCUGCAAUGUGUCCGUGGUAACCACCGGCCCUGCCCAGGUUGAGGUCCAAUGGCUGCAAAAAGUGUUUCUUCCUGUCCAGGAGGGUGGAACUAAAGGCGGUUUGGACAGAGAAGGUGUAGAGGAGAAGGGGCGGGUAUUAGCCUCGUUGACCCACGAAGGCCUUUCCAGGCUUUAUACUAACAACAGCUCUGAGGUCAGCGUAGAUCGGGUGUCUCCAGUGACCUACAGGCUGAGGAUCUUCUCAGCUCAGUCUGAGGACCAGGGCCUGUUUGUCUGCCAGGCAGAGGUGUGGGGGCAGGACCCCCAGGGAGUCUGGUACAACACCGGAGCCAAAGCUCAGUCAGAGAAUGUCAGGGUUUACCUGUACGCUCGAGCGGCCGACUUGCUCCUCAUCCCUUUGGUGGUGGGCGUAUCCUCUGCCCUGUUUGUUGGUGUGGUCAUCAUCGCCACAGUGACCUGUUGCUUCAUGAAGAGGUUAGCCAGACAGCGCUCCCCAAAAUAAGGAGUUCACCAAUACAACAAAGAAGUUUACCACAGGGUCAUCGUCAGGAUGAAGACAAUAAGAAGAAAAGGAAGGAACCAUUGAAAAGUUUGAAAAGAAGAAAGUGGAACUCUUCAUGUUGCGGAGGCAGAUUGCAUGAUUUUCACAAUAUUUUUCCUAGUGCAUCAAAUGAAUAAGGGACACUUUUUUUGAGAACACCCAAACAAAGGGCAAGGUUAUGCAAGGUUAAGGCAGCAGUGUACUUCACUUAGUAAUCGUUGUUGGCAAGACGGUAGGAUACUUUAUGUUGGUUAUGUUUUUUGUUUUUGAACUUACCAAAACCAUUGACUUAAUCAGUCUAAUUUGAAGUCCCCAAAAAUAGGUUUAAAAUAUACGUUUGUCUGUAAAUGUCACAUUUUACAUGAAAUCCGUAAUACCUUAUCUUAUCGUAGAUGUAGAAAAUUAUUUAGGGAAAAUUAAGCAAACCCCCUAUCUUUACAGCAAUUAAUGUCAUGGGACAAUGAGCUGCAUGUAGCAUAGAGGUUAGAGCAGCACUCGAUUGGGUGUUGUAUGCCAACUAACAAAUAACCCCAUUGCCUUCCAGGGAACAAAACUAAUGGUACUUUUUCUACAGACAAGUGUUUUGUAUUCUGUAUGGUACCAAUAAUUUAUUCAGUUUCUCCGAAUAUGUUGCAUCCAGCCUGUUUGUUGAAUAUGGUAUGAAUCUUUUCUGAAUGUUUAUAGUAUGUUGCAUCCAGCUUGUUUGUGUCCUUUAAACCACAGUAAAUACUGCCUGAAGUUGAAAAUGUUUACCUUUCCAAUGUGGUCCCACAAUUAAACUGAGUUGUCUCUGAUUAUUUAAAAUGCAACACAUGUCCACACCUCUACUAAAACUGGCACUGCCUUGUUAAACCCAUCUCAGUGAGACCACCAGUACUAGAGUUGUUUUUCCUCACUGGUGCAUUGUCGAGUGACGUAUUUUAAGGGUACCGGUGCAUUUUCAACACAACCACAUCGUCUCCGUCUUUUAACUAGCAAUUCUGUUCAAUUGAACAUUCCACUAAGCUUUACGUACUGGUAACACCCAUGUAAACCACCACAUUGUUUGAAUAUACAGAGGAGCCUGGUCCCAGAUCAGAUGGUACUGUUUUGACAUCUUCUAUUGCUGUCUCUCGUCACGCCAAACCUAGGACAUGUCAAGACAACACAGAUCAAUAACCAGCCAAGGAUUCUACUACUAGGGUGUGUGAAGUAGAAUAAAUCAGUUUAGACUAACCUGCAUUUCAGACAUUCUGCCAAUUUAAACUAUAUUUUUCUGUAUAUACUUGAAGAGAGAUAAUGUUAGAUAAUAGGCACAGUUCAGUAGAUAGACUAAUAGUUCAAAUGUAUGGCAAGUAAGGGAAAGGACACCGGUUUGAAUCCAUGAUCUGACACGGUUUUGCUAGACUCCUAACUCUAAUUGAGCAACCCUAAAGUCCCUGUGGAUAAGAGCUACUGCCUAAAUGUAAGAUAGUUAGCAUUCAUGCACUGAGCUGAAAUGUGUUGUACGGAAUAGAAUAUUCCAUCAAAAUAGUUUUUAUUUUUCCUACUAAAAAUGGAUGACAAGACUACUUGAAAUGCUGUUUCACACUGGUUGGGGCAGAUUACUUAAAGGUUCAAUCAAUAUUUGUUUUGAAGCUCUUAUGUAUCGCUUGGUGGUUUUAUUAGAGUGGCGGUGGGGAAAAAAGAUAAUACCAAAUUGUUUCCUCUGGAACCAUUUGUAUCUAUUGAGUAGUUACUGGCUAUUGUGUCACUGUGAAGUCAUGUGCUGUUCUGUUUUUUAGGAUAGUCAAUUUAAAUGGUUAAUGAUUGUUUCCAGAUUGAUUCAGUGUGUUUUUACAUGUUUGUAUGGUGGUUAGAUGAAAACUGUUAAUAUUUCCUUUUUUUAUGCCAUGUAGGCCUGCUUCAAAUAGGAAUACGGUUGCCAUUUGUUAUUUUUCUCAAAUGAAACAGCUGUGCCCUUGGGCAGUGGGGUUAAGAGGUGCUCUUCCCUCGGCAGCAUGUAGGUCAGUUGACUGGCUUGUGUAUGGGCACUGUCACAACACUGGCCUAUUAUGCUAAGUGCGAUUCCACCAUGUUGAAAACUACAAAUGUUACACAUAAACCUGGCAGUGCAUGGUGUUUUCUCACAUUGUCGGGGCAUGUCUUCAGUCUGUGUCCAAACUUACCAUCCUGUGACAGACAGAAGGACACUAAUAUUGAGUCCCAUUGUCCACUACGCCUAGCAAAAAUGUAUCUUACCACAUUUCCAAACAUGCAAUUAUGAAAUGUAAGCAGGUAUUUUGAUUACAUAAUAUAAAUUAUAGUAAUGAAUGUUUAGUACACAAUAACAGGAGUUACAAACUGUCAUAAAGCCGAUGUACAGUGCAGUCCAGAAUUAUUUGGACAGUGACAUGCGUUUUGUUUUGGCUCUAUAUUCCAGCACAAUGGAUUUGAAAUGAAACAAUGAUUAAGAUGUUAAACUGCAGACUGUCAGCCUUAAUGUCAGGGUAUGUACAACCAUAAAUUGUGAACAUUUAGGAAUUAAAGCCCCCCCAUUGUGAUGGACCAAAACUCAUUUCUUGAAGUUAUCAUAUUUACUACAAAAAUACAAAACAAAUGUGUGAUCUGUGAUGUUCUGGAAUGUGAUCUACUUACUUUUAGAGAUCAAUUUGUGAAAAGCUGGUUUAUCCUACAGCUGUCGAACCUCAAACGGUGCUCCUGGCCUGCUCCAUCACUGUGUGAUCACAUCAUCAUAGCUUUGAAUGAUGGAAUAAGAGAGAAAACAGACAGAUAUGAUUUGGAAUUGGAAUCAACUUUAAUUGCUCACUAAAUGAACACAAUGGUCAUUUAACUUGGUGUAAUUACAGAGUGAGAGAACAGACAAGGAAGGAGUUAAAGUGAUGGUGCGGCGGAGAGUGCUGCACUGACAGAAUGUUUGUGUUGAAUAUGCUGUUAGUGCUCUGCUCCUUCCUUAAUCCCUGUGUUUAUAGCUCAGCCCUCUGUAAACCCUCCCCCACCAUGCUAUCACUGUGUAUUAUCACUUUGACAUUUGGUUUAUCUAAUGACGUGGUACUGCCCAGCUAGGUCUGGCUGUGAACAUGUUGAAUAGGAAGCUUCCAGAACUACGCUCAUUUCUUGAAAUGUGACUUUGUGUCUUUAUAAUGGCAACCAAUGUCGUUUCUUUACUCUGACCAGAGCCCAACAGCAGAAAAAUAAAACACAAAAUAAUUAUGAGAAUAACAAUGGAAUUUUUUUAGGGGUUGAUACAUUUUUGGUGAAAAUGGUCUGAAAUAUCAACCAUUAUAUUGCAAAGUGUUAAGCCUUUUUUAGCUGCUCUUAACAUCUGUAGCUAAAGUAUGAAGCUGUCAAUCAAAAAAGCAGUUUUCUGUUUACAUAUAAUCUCUGUUUUUUUUUGGAGCAUUUUGUAAACUUAAAAAAAAAUAGUACAUAAAGUUGUAUUUAAUGUUGAGUUUUGUUAUGGUGCUUUUUAUGGUUAUACUGCCAUCAAUAAACCAGCCCUGAUAUACUGUA